GACCCGGAAAGUGCCCCAAGGGCGCUUCUCGAGCCACUGGCCGCCACAGCACAGGAAGAGAAAGCCCUUCUCUUCGCGCGCGGUGUGGUCAGAGACAUGAUAGCUGAAGCAUCUGAAGAGCCAGGUGUCGAAGCGGAAGCUUUGACGGACCUUGUCGAUUCGAUGCGAAGUGCUGCUCGAGAGAGGAACUCUGAGCUGGAGAGAACGAAAGGAGCCCCUGGCCAGCCGAACAGCAACGUGGUAGCCAUGCUGUCACUUGGGAAUGCGGAGGAUGCAGAGGAGGACCUCCGUCUGCAGAGGGCACAACAGAAGCGAGAUCAGGUCUUCCUCCGGAAUCGGGCCAGGAAGCAGCCCUUACAGCAGCAGAGCCCUCCACGUCUGCAAGAAGCGAGGCAGCCUGACAAGGACUUGAGCAGCUGCAUCUACGAGCCUCAGGUGGAAGAGCAGCCAGAGUCCCCUCCGGCGGCUGAGCCCUCGCCCACCCCCCUCCUUGACACAGGCCGUGCAGACGAGUGUCCCCUUGCGGAGGAUAUGCAGCCAUCCGUAUGCGCAGCAGAGUUGAAUGAGGAAAACUUGCAGUUGAAGCCGCGAGUGCCUCUGGAGGCCCUGGAGCCAUCCCUACCGUCGCUUCAAUAUUUGAUGGAACUUUCGCAGGACAGCCUACCGACCUCAGCAACAGAGGCCUCACAACCCGAUUCUCAGGACAGCCUACUGACGACCUCAGCAACAGAGGCCUCGCAACAUGAUCCUGAGGAGAUGGCUGCGCCGCAGGAUUCGCAUCCUGAUGCCUCCAUGGGCCAAAGUGUCAGCCCCAAGGCUGGCCUGCCCAAGAUGGCCAGUGACGCGAAGAUGAAAAAGCAGGCAAAGAAGUUCAGGCACACGCCUACGCCCCAGCGGCGCCUGAAACACAAGUUUCAACACUCCACUUUGAGCUCUCCCAAGCGAAGGCAUGGUGAAGGGAUCCGACAGAUGGACAAAGCAAAGUGCAGUUCUUUGGUACCCGCGCUCCCAGGAAUUGUCAUUGCGAACGGUGAGAGUGCAGCGAUGCGGCCUUGCCUCCACAGAGGUACGCCUCCAAUGGACUUUUCCACAAACACGCUACCGGCGCCUGCGAAAGCAUAUCCGCGACCCAGAAGGACUUGCUGA